GCAGCAGCAGCAGCAGCACCGACCCUCCGUCAGACACCGACACACCGUGAGCACUGACACCGGGAGGAGGACCCUCAGCCGCGGGGAUGUGAGUGAGAAGGACCCGCGGGCUCGGCUGGACGCGGUGGAGCUGGUGCUGUGCGAGGAUGACAGUGAACGCACCAUCAGAGGAUCAAAGGAAACCUGCUCAGGAAUAUCCCCGCGUUGAAUCGUGAUUACUGCUUUAAUUAUUUAUUUUUUUUAUUUUUUUUUAUUUUAUUGAUUUGGUGGACGGUGUAUUAAGCAUCAUGCCUCCGCCCCAGAGCCUCGGAUCCAGCGGGCUGUCCCUGUCAGAAACAAGCAUGGGCUCCUUCAAGAGGAGAAAGAGGAAAUCCAUAAUAGUGACGGUGAUGCUGUUCAUCGUGUCUGUGCUCAUCCUCGUCUUUGGCAUAGCAGCGACAACCAGGACGCAGAACAUCACAGUGGGCGGCUACUACCCAGGAGUCAUUCUGGGCUUUGGCUCUUUCCUGGGGAUUAUCGGCGCUCAUUUGAUAGAGAACAAGCGGCAGAUGCUGGUGGCAUCCAUCGUCUUCAUCAGUUUCGGAGUGGUGGCCGCCUUCUGCUGCGCUAUCGUUGAUGGAGUGUUUGCUGCGAGGCACAUUGACCUCCGGCCUCUGUACGCCGGGCGCUGUGAUUAUCACUCCAGUGAGACGGCGUCUGAUCGGGACGUGCCCUGCCAGACGUCGGCACGCACGUCCUGCAACCUGCGCGUGAGGAGCAACACCUGCUACUGCUGCGACCUCUACCACUGCGGAAAACAACAUCCUCUUAUGGGACUUCAGAAUAAAGAUGUUUUGAAAAAGUUUAGGAAAUCAUCCAUGAUUUGGAACCGUGUGGAGGUGAUGGGAGGCUACCACGAGUACACCGACGUGAAGAGCUGCCAGGACGUCGUGCACCUCUAUCACCUGCUGUGGUCGGCCACCAUCCUCAACAUCGUGGCCCUGUUCCUGGGCAUCAUCACUGCCGCAGUACUGGGAGGCUUCAAGGACAUGAUUCCAUCUACAGCCUCAGAAAGCUCAUCUGAACCAGAGGCCAUCGCAGCUCCGGUCCGGUCAGAUCCUCCUCGACCCACUCACACCAGUCUCAACUCCCACUACAACACUGCCCCCUGCCUGCCGCCUUACACGGCCUACGACCUGCAGGGCUCAUACACGUUCCCGGACGGCCUGUCGGACGACUCCCAGUCCGGAGCCAGUCACCUGUGGCCCACCAUGGUCCCACCACGCUACUCCCCCCCUCACAACCAUCCUGAUGAGAAGCCGCCGCCAUACAGCCCCUAAGAUGGCUCAGGGGCAAAGAGAAACCACCUGAAGUGUUAUCAGUGUGUGGUUGGAGGCUGAGAGAGUGGUUUGGAUGCACAACAUGUCGGGACUUUCCCUCACAAUCGCUCAGAGCUGCGGUGGAGGAAAAGGUGGUGAGGAGGACGAUGGCCACACAGCACACAAACUUUGGGUUCAGCCAAACACGAGGGGGCACGUGUGUGACUCCCAGGGCACCACUCACACUCUGGCCUGCACUGUUCGUGUGUAUGUGUGCAUGUGUUUGUGUGUGUGUGUGUGAGUGCACAUACACAUCGAGAGCGAGACGACCAGUUCAAAGCCGGGACCGUUUACACAUCUAUCUGCCUUAAUGCAAACAGACUUCCAGAUCUGCAGCACCUAGAUGUUUUCUGUACAAAGUCAGAAAAACAAAACUCGUGUUUUACGUUCACCUCUGUUUAGUACAUUGUGUAAAUGCUUCCUGCCUCAAGUGGUGCUGAAGGUCAUCGCUGCCCGCACUGUGAGGAUCUGGACAGAUUAGCACAACUACGACUUUCAUGUGAUCUGAAUGAGCUGGAAUUUAAAUUAAAACUGUCGUGUUGUAGGUCCAAGCAGUCGUUGAUUUAGCGGUUGUUAGCGUCAAUGUGCAUUAUCGAAGGUAACGUCAGCAGUAACGGAGGUAUUACAUUGUCAUAGUGAAGAAAUAAAGAUGCUCCUGUAGCAGUUAGGUGCGUCCACAGAUCAAGAUAUCUAUUUAUCAACUCUUCGGUUAUUGUCAAGAAGAUCCUGAUCAAUGUGCAAUGAAAAAACAAGCUAUUCUACCUUCAGUAGGCUAGUUGUCUAUAAGAAAGUUAAAAAUUACACUCUGAACCCUAUUUCUUGUAUGGUCCACUGAGCAGGUGAAAGUCUAUCUCUUUGUAAGUAGCACUAAUGUCACAUGGUCAGGCUGAGGUGUGUGUUUCUCUGUCAGGAAUGAUCACUGGUGAGGCCGAGGGUGAGCAGUCAGUGCUGGACUCACUGACAGGAGGCGGGAGCUCAUCCAGUGAGAAGUGUAAACUCGCUCCGUGUCCAUCAAGCUUUAAUCACUGCUUCUUAUCAUUUAAAUUUGAAGGAAAACAUUCUCUCUGGGGCUGAUAGAGGUUCACUCAGUUCCUUUGUUUUUUUGUCUUGCCAUUAAAAAACGUUUUGUGUAACUCA